UUUUUAUGUCUAGGUGCACCUGGUCCAGCGGGGCUCAAGGGAAAAAGGGGGGACAAUGGAGACCACGGACCACCUGGUAAAAUGGGCCCACAUGGAAUCGAAGGCCCCAUUGGUCCGAAAGGAAAUAAAGGCGAGCUUGGGGUACCCGGACCCCAGGGACCCAAAGGUGAAGAGGGAUUUUCUGGACCACAAGGUCAGAAGGGGGAAACGGGUCUUCGUGGAGAUCGAGGAAUUCAGGGGCCAAUGGGUCCUCCGGGUAGGUUGGGGUCUAAAGGGGAAGUGGGCGCUCCAGGCACAAAAGGCGGAGUGGGUCACAGGGGGGAACGGGGGUCUCGAGGAGACAAGGGUGACAAAGGCGAGCAGGGAGAUGCUUGGGUCAUCUCCAAAAGCGCUUUCUCCGUGGGACUCACCACACAGAGCAAACUCCCGACGGCUCAUACGCCCAUCCGGUUUGACAAGAUUAUUUACAACCAACAAAACCAUUAUGAUCCCCAAACCGGAAGGUUCACAUGCUCGGCAGCCGGCGCAUACUUUUUCACCUAUCACAUCACCGUCUUCUCCAGGAAUGUGAAAGUGGCUUUGGUGAAGAACGGUGCCAAGGUGCUUCACACGACAGACAGCUACCAAAGCGGCGAGGACCAGGCGGCCGGGGCCACCGUGCUGCAGCUGGAGCCCGGAGACAAAGUGUGGCUGCAAGUCGUCGGGGGAGAACUUUUUAACGGGCUCUUUGCUGAUGAAGAUGACGACACAACCUUCUCCGGGUUCCUCAUUUUCGGGGCCUAGUUUUGAGUGGAGGAGUUUGUCCUGAAUAAUGUAAGUAAGCAUCGUGGUUUGCAUCAAGGUUCACCUUCACCCCUGCAAAUUUUGAUGCUCAUUCCCUGCAAUUUUCUCACAAUGCUGCGUUAAGGUUUACGCGGGUGACACGGUUGCUGAUGUACAUUUUGAUUU